AUGGAGACAUGGAGAAAAAUGAAGUCUUUUGGGCAGAAGAGCUUUUCAAGCACGGCUUCGAUCAGCAAGAGCAAGUCUUGGAAUGGUUCUGCUCAUCUUGAGAAUGCUAUGAACAACGAUUCAACAGGAAAAGUAAAGAAAAAGUCGCCGCCGCCACACGGGUGUUUCACAGUUUACGUGGGUCCCACGAAACAGAGGAUCGUGGUGAAAACGAAAAUGUUGAACCAUCCUUUGUUCAACAACUUGUUAGAAGAAGCAGAGACUGAAUAUGGAUAUAGAUGUGAUGGGCCCAUUGUUCUUCCUUGCGAGGUUGACUUCUUCUUCAAGGUUAUGGCUGAUAUGGAGUCUAAUGGUGAUGAGUAUGAUGAAGAUGAUGAUGAUGAUGAUGAUGAUGAUGGUAUGGCUAAUCCUCCGAUUUGCGGGUUGGGUAGUCCCUAUAGAUGUGCUGGUCUCGAUUCCACGGGCGUGAGACGGAGCGGCUCGUACAAGCUUCUUCGAUCUCCAUCUUUGUUCAAAUUAAAUAGAUUUUGA